AUGUUUACCCGCAAGGGAUUAAUUUUUGAUUUUGGUGUUGAUAUGUUUGCUAUGGAACAAGAUGUGGAUGUUACUUUUGAUGAUGUUUGUGGAGUCGAUGAAGCAAAAAUGGAAAUUGAAGAAAUUGUUGAAUAUUUGCGUAAUCCCGAACGUUAUACACGUCUUGGAGCUCGUCUUCCAAAAGGUGUUUUGUUGAUUGGUGAUCCUGGUACUGGUAAAACAUUAUUGGCACGUGCUGUUGCUGGGGAAGCGAGCGUCCCGUUCUUUCAUGCAUCUGGUUCAGAGUUUGAUGAAAUGCUUGUAGGGCAAGGUGCUAGACGAGUUCGUGAUUUGUUUAAGAAAGCUCGUAAGCACGCUCCUUGUGUCGUUUUUAUUGAUGAGAUUGACUCUGUUGGUUCUAAACGCACGUCAAGUACUCUACAUCCAUAUGCAAAUCAAACAAUUAAUCAAUUGCUUUCUGAAAUGGAUGGCUUUGUCCAAAAUGAGGGUAUAAUUGUUAUUGGAGCCACAAACAAAAGAGACCAUUUGGAUUCUGCUUUGACACGACCUGGACGUUUUGAUGUGGAAAUUAAAGUUUCGAGGCCUGAUUUAGCUGGAAGAGAAGAUAUUUUUCAGUUUGUUUACCUUUUUAAUUGGCUUUAUCUCGACAAAAUAAUUCAUUCAGCUGAUUGUGAUGUCACUACAUUAGCUAGAGGAACUACUGGCUUCACCGGCGCUGAUAUUGAAAAUAUGGUCAAUCAAGCAGCAUUAAAAGCCGCAACUGAGCGUGCCAUGCGUGUAACAAUGAAACAUUUGGAUGAAGCGCGAGAUAGAAUACUUAUGGGGCCAGCACGUUUAAAAGGAUUACAUGCAGAUGAAGAGGCUAAUAGAAAUACUGCUUAUCACGAGGCCGGUCAUACAAUUGUUGGAAUAUUUACAAAACAUUCUGAUCCAAUUCAUAAAGUUACAAUUACUCCACGCGGAGAAUCACUUGGACUUACAGCUCAUCUCCCAGAGAAAGACCAUCUUCAAUAUACAAAAAGUCAAUUACUUGCCAAACUUGAUGUUUUAAUGGGUGGAAGAGUAGCUGAAGAAUUAAUUUUUGGUGAAGAUAUGGUCACAACAGGGGCUGUCUCUGAUAUGCGAAAAGCAUCGGAAAUCGCUGAAAGAUUGGUAAAAACAUAUGGAAUGAGUGAGCAUGUUGGUUUGAGAGAUUUUACAUCAAAUGAAGAGGAGGGAUUAAGUUUUGGACCAGAAACAAAUAAUGCAAUUGAUGAAGAAAUUAAACGUCUUUUGAAAGAAAGUUAUGAACGGGCAAAACAAUUGUUAAUUAAAUAUAAGACGGAGCAUCAUUUAUUGGCUGAAGGACUUUUAGAAUAUGAGACACUCACAAAACAAGAAGUUGAACGCGUAAUAAAAGGUGAAAAAUUGAAGAAACCUAAUGCAGCUGCUAUAAAACAAGCUAGUAUAAGGAGGAAAAGGCAACAACAAAAAACUGUUGGAUUUAUUACAGAAGCUGAUUAA